ACGAAGAAACGCGCACCAUUUCGCAUUUAACUAACGCUCUGUUAUCAUCGCCCAACGGUCAUCUCCGAAUCAAAGAACAACUAGGUGGUGAACUAUAUAUAUGUACAACUUUUUGGGAUCUUCAGUUAGUGAACUCCAGUUAAACCACAUGAAUUUGACCGUCUUCGAUAGACUAAUAGAUCUGACCAUGAGUUUCGUAGGAUAUUGCAAGAAACUCUUCCUGUCAGCGAUGGCAUCCAUCUGGGAUUUGAUUGUCAUAGGCGCUCUCUCCGUCAUCUACAUAGGAGAAUCGAUAGCAUUGACCUUUACCCCAACCUUCUUAAGAUCCCAGAAGAGUCUUCGUAAUAAGAUCAUCUUGCUGACGGGCGGAGCCGGGGGCGUCGGACAGGAGUUGACCUUGCGAUUGGCGAGGCUAAAGGCCAAGGUCGUCGUUUGGGAUAUCAACGAAAAAGCUUUGGAGAAGGUCCAGGAGAAAUGCGCGAAGGAAGGAUACAAGAUCUACACCUACGCAGUGGACAUCUCGGACAGGCAGAACGUUUACAAGAACGCAGAUCUCGUCAAGUCCGAGGUUGGACAUGUGGACAUCCUCAUCAACAAUGCAGGCAUUGUUUGCGGAAACACCUUCCUGGACAUUCCAGACCACAUGAUCGAGAAAACUUACCAAGUCAACAUUCUAUCUCAUUACUGGACAACCAAAGCCUUCUUGUCGGACAUGCUGAAGAAUGGCCGCGGACAUAUCGUUACCAUGGGUUCGCUUACUGGCCUUCUUGGUACCUACAAAUGCACAGAUUACAGCGGAACCAAACACGCGGCCAUGGGUUUCCACGAAAGCCUGAUGGCCGAGCUGAAGACCCACGGACACGACAACAUCAACAUGACCAUCGUGUGCCCGUACUUCAUCAAUACAGGCAUGUUCUCCGGCUGUAAACCUCGCAAUUUCCCUAUGUUGGAACCUAAGGACGUCGCUAAGAGACUCAUCACCGCCGUCAGACGCGAAGAAGUUUACGUCACGAUGCCAGGAUGGGCGCGCUUCAUCUUACCAAUGAAGAACUUCAUCCCAGCCAAAUUAGCUUGGGCUCUUUCCUAUAGAUUGAUCAAAGGACCACAGAGCAUGAUGGGAUUGAGACCGUUCCAGGAUAGUUCUAGUUCGACGGUCGAAGUAGCCGCUGCCUGAACAACAACAAAAUUAAUUACUUGUUUUAAACUAUUUUAAUUAUUUACUAAUUUAUGCAAUGUAGAUGAUUUUUUUUAUAAAUAUAUAAAGAAAAGGAUAUGUAUAACUAGAGACUGCUGUUACUGUAUCGUUAAUAUUUUAUUUUCUUAUUGUAAACGGAAUACUAUUAAAUAUAUUAUUUGUUUUUACA